AUGUUGGUUGAAGAUGCCCAGCUGAUCAGUGACGCGGAGCGGCAAAUAUAUGAAGUUGUCACUUUGGUGUUCAUCAGCAGCGCCAUUGGUCUUUUCGGGAUCGUCUCCAACAUCAUCAACAUCAUCAUCUUCUACAAACAGGGUCUCAACAACACCGUAAACAUUGGGUUCAUGGGACUGGCUAUAUCUGACCUCUGCAGUCUCAUCACCCUCGAGUGGUACUGUAUCGCCUUCAAUCCACUUUUCAUCAACGCGGACAUAAACUUUGUGCCGCCCGAGGUCCAACACCUCAGUGCGGGGAUCCCUCACGGCUGCUUCGCCCGCAUCACGGCAUGGGUGACCGCCUACAUCACAGCCGAGAGGUGCCUCUGCAUAGCCUCCCCGUUGAAGGUCAAGCAGAUCUUGACCCCGAGGCGGACCACCGUCAUCCUGUGCGUCAUUUACUUUGUCGUCAUGCUACCCAUGCUGCCCGAGUUCGCCACGGCCUACGCGGGCUGGAAGUUUUACCCCAGCCUGAACAAAACUCUGGUCGGCCUCGUCUUCACCAAAGACAGAUACAAGGUCGAGGGUCUGAGUUUUCUCCUCUACGCCAUCCUCAUGUUCGUGUCCUUCCUGGCGGUCAUCGUCUUCACCGCCAUCCUCGUCUUUAAGCUCAAACAGAAAACCGAAUGGCGUCAGAAGUCGACAUUUGACAGCUCGCAAUCGGACACCAUCUCGAAAAGAGACAAGUCCACGAUAAAGAUGGUCAUCGUCAUUGCUAGCAUCCUGAUCGUAAACUUUAGCCCCACCGUUGCUUUCUUCACGGGUGUCUUUAUAGUCCCAGGUUUCAGCAUAGCUGGACGGCAUCGAAACGUCUUUCUAGUGUCCGCGGCAUUCGCGUUUAUCUUCGACGCGGUAAAUUCCAGCGUCAACAUUGUGUCUUACUACACGAUGAGUUCUAAAUAUAGAAAGACUUUCCAGGAAGUC